UCUAAUCCAAAAUUUAGAAACCAGGUCCGGAUAAUAUUAAACCUUCAUACAAACACUUUUUUAACUCGCAAAAACAAACAAAUGGCCCCUUAAUUUACCUUGCUUCUCGAAUCUCCUUCGGCCAAGUCGCUAGGACGAGAACCAUGGGCACGAUCAGCGGAAACGACGUAGAAGCAGGCUUCGCAAAGCUGCAAGGCGAAGAUUUCGAGUAUUACAUGCAGACGUACUCCAUAAUCCUCGGUCGAAAUUCGAAGAAAUCAACGGUGGACGUCGAUCUCUCCAGCUUAGGAGGCGGCAUGAACAUCUCCCGCCACCACGCUCGCAUAUUCUACGAUUUCACGCGCCGUCGCUUUGCAUUGGAAGUGCUGGGGAAGAACGGUUGCCUGGUGGAGGGAGUUCUUCAUCUUCCUGGAAAUCCCCCGGUGAAAUUAGAUUCUCAAGAUUUGUUGCAAAUCGGAGAUAAAGAGUUUUACUUUCUAUUGCCUGUGAGGAGUAUUUUGGGUGGGCCCAUCGGGCCGAGGCAUUAUGUGGGGUCGGUGGUCCCGCAUUACGGUUAUGGGGCGACGGAGGCGGGGCGGAUGGCGGGUUCGGUGGGGGUUCAAUCGUCGAAGAAAGGGAGAGGGAGAGAAUAUUACGAGGAGGAUUAUGAGGAAGAUGAAGAGGGGAGUAGUGGAAAGAAGGUCAGGAGAGAAGGAGGUUUUGAGGGCUACGGUGCUGGUAGUGGCGGCAAGCCUGGAUUGGCUGGAGCUUUGGUUCCUGCAGACAAGAAGACAGAGGGAAGGUCUAGGAUCGAUCGUGAAUCUGAUAAUCAGCAACUUCUGCAGUUGGAAGAAAAGGAUGUGGUCUCAUCUGUGGCUACUCUUCUCUCCGAUCUUUGUGGCCCUGGAGAGUGGAUGCCUAUGGAGAGACUUUAUAAUGAGUUGGUAGAGCAAUAUGGUAGUGUCUGGCAUCAUGGUCGAGUAAGGAGAUAUCUGACUGCUGAGGACUGGCCUGGUCCUGAAUCUAAGGAAAAACCAUGGUAUGGCCUGCUUAUGUUGUUGAGAAAAUACCCAGAACACUUUGUGAUUAACAAGAGGUCCAAGGGUCCGGUAACAUUAGAAUUUGUCUCUCUGGUCUCUCUGAUUUCAUAACAUCAUGAAGCAUCAGAGAGUACUUUCCUUACAUGGGUUAUCUAAUAUGUGAACUUUUCUGUGAAGCAGCAAGAUGGCAAAUUGUUGAUUUUAAUAAUAUUGUUGUGAAUUAACAUUUAAUUGUUAGGGCAUUCUUAGGACCCCGCUUGGAAACAUAUAGACGAUUGGGUUGGAUCUGAGCUUUUAUGUCUUAGAUUUACGCUAUAUACUUAUGACGUGAUAUCUUUGUAAAUGGUAUGUUAGUGUUAAUUGAAGUUGCAAUUUUCGUUUUUAA